GAUCUGCCCAAAUCCCCUCCGUUUGCUUGCCGUCUUCUCUGGCUCCCAUUCCAUUUCCGCGAGGAGACGAGGAGGGGAGGGAGGCACGACGCCGCCGCCGCCGCCGCCGCCGCUUCCGCUUCGACUUCGGCUUCGGUUUCCACGAGAGUUCUAGCAAAAGUCUUCUGGACUGUUCAUUUUCCUGCAUUUUGGUAUGGACGAAUCCUCCUGUAGAUCCACUACUCCAGUUGGGUUUCUUAGAAGAGGUUCUGGCAUUUCCUUGAGAAAUCAAAGCAACGAGGAUAGGCCAAGCCAAUACAACAAGCAGCCAGGGAAGAGUUCAAAUCUCAAUCCUGUAAAAUCACGGUUCACUGAAAAUAAAGAGAAGCCAAGGUAUUUUCAAGGGCCGUUUCAUUCUUCAGGCUCCAGGGCCUCAUCUGUAAGCUCUUCAAAAGCUCCUGUUAGAAAAUAUUGUGAUGAGAGACAAAAACGGCCCUUUUUGGCAGAGACAGACAUUGCUGAAAGCAGUAACAGAAGAACCGAGGUUAGAUGCCUACAACGUGGCAAGAAAGCUUCUGUAUUUGGCGAUGGGCAUCCAUACAUGCAGAAGGGUACAUCAGAAGCUUCAUCAUCCUCAACAACUACUGAAGAAAGCUUGCCAGAAGAGCAUGAUCUUGGAGUUUUAGAUGUUUCUGGUUCUUCAGGGAAUUCUGCACAUGCAGUUAAUUCCAGAAAUACUGCAUUGAGUGCUAUGGCACAUAGGCAAAAGGAUAAAGAAGAAUUGAAUUCAGGUAGUCAUCAAGGUGCUUCCACUUUUGUUCGUCGACGUACUUUACCUCAAAGUUUUACCACUGGUGUCAAGUCAUCAACUGCCCCUAGCACUAACAUUACUGGAGCACAGAGACGUGGUCUAAAAAAUCUUGGUUGCACUUCAAUAUCUGAUGUUCUGCCUUCAGGAUGUUCUUCAUCUGAUUCUGUCCGUGAUAGGAGGGUCGAAGUUACAAAGAAGAGAACUUCUGAUGCAGAAAGUUCUUCAAGAUCAAGGGGAAUAAGUGAACAAUCUAAUUUAAGUCAGCCACGUGCUAGUUAUCCGGGUAGUACUGGUCCUAGAGCUAGAGCUGUUGAACAAUUAGCUUCUCAACAAAUAGCAAGGACCAAUAGCAGAAGUAUUCAGGAUCCUACAGAUUCGAUAAGGACUAGACGACCUUUUACUCUGCGUGCCAGGGAGAGGAUGAUACCAGGUGAAAGAGAGGACAGCGUAUUUGCUCUGCAUGAGACUGUUGCAAGCGUUCAUCCAGAAUGUGGUCAUUUUCACACAGAUGGUGCUCCCCCAGAGAGAUUAGGAAGACCCUUUUAUGCAGAAUUACCUCAUGCUAUUUAUUCAUCUAAUCGUCAAGGCUCAAGUAGUCAGACAGCAAGGAGAAGAUCUACGUCUCGUACUGAGGAAAGCCCUCAACGGAUGUUCCAUGGUAUGUUUGGGGAGAGAGACGGCUACAGGCACGUAAGCAUGGAAGGUAUUGCACAGGCAUUGCUAGCAUUGGAUAGGAUUGAACAUGAUGAUGAAUUGACUUAUGAGCAACUGCUGGUGCUAGAAACUAAUCUGCUCUUAAGCGGCCUUGAUUUGCACGAUCAGCACGAAGAUUUGAGAUUGGAUAUCGACAAUAUGUCAUAUGAGGAACUACUUGCUUUAGAAGAUCAUAUUGGCUCAGUGAGUACUGCCCUUACUGAAGAGCAAUUUGCCAAGUGUGUAAACCAAAGUGUGUAUGAAGCAAGAAAUUCUGGUAGAGAUGUGAACAAGAUUGCAGCAGAUGAUGUGAAAUGUAGCAUAUGUCAGGAGGAAUACAUUGAAGGUGAAGAGAUUGGUACAAUGCAAUGUGAACAUCAGUACCAUGUGUGCUGUAUUCACGAAUGGCUUAGACAGAAGAACUGGUGUCCAAUAUGCAAAGCUUCAGCUAUACCUUCAGAGAUGAACAAGGGAGACGCAUGAAUCUUGGCUCAGACUUGUAAAUAGCAUGGAUUUAUGAUUAGAAUGAUGCUGACGCAGUUCACCUCAAUCUGUGGAUAUGAUAGACCCUCUAUCUCUCCCUGGAACCCCAGCAAUCUUUUGUUACUGCAUCUUUCAUCUUCUUAGCACACCCUUGUGAAAUAUGAGCCCUGCUUGACAGUAGUAUGGUCAGAAACUCGAAAAUAAUGGGGUUCUCCUUGAGAAAUCUCUCCGGAUAAUAAAUAGGAAAUGGUUCUCCUUGAUUGA